AUGUAUGCAUUGCCUACUAGUGCUGACCGUGCCGGUCACCUGUGCGUACCGCGUGACUCGGGUAUAGAGCCUGCUGCUCUAGGUGCUGGUGCGGCUGCUGCUCUGGGUGCUAGUGUGUCUCCUGCUCCAGGUACAGGUGCGGCUGCUGCUCUAGGUGCUAGUGAGUCUGCUUCCUCAGGUGCGGGUGAGUCUGCUCUCUCAGGUACCGCGUCGGCUCCCGCCUCUCACACCUUCACCCUUGACUCGGGGGCUUCCCGCUCCUUCUUUCAAGACUGCACCACACUCACGCUGCUUGGUCGGCCAGUUGCAGUCUCUCUGGCAGACCCCUCUGAGGGCCCUGUCCUUGCUCACUUCUCCACUGUCCUCCCGUGUCCGGCGGCCCCCUCUGGCACCCUGUCUGGUCUUUACCUCCCCUCGUUCUCUACGAACUUGGUGAAUGGUGCUGACCUGCAGGAUGCGAGGGUUCCCCAGUUCACUCCUGCGACUCAGCGGGUGACCCACUGCACAGAUGCUCGGACAGGUCGACACCUGGCCACGUUUACUCAUCGGCCCGGGUCGAGCCUGUACACACAGACCUUUGCGUCUCCUCCAGUUGCUGAACCUGGUAGGGUAGCUGCGUUGGGUCAGGGCCCUGGCCCUACCUGUGUCCCCUGUGUCGAGGGGCGCCAGCGUGCUACCCCUCACUCCUCCCAGUUUCCUCCCACAGAGGCCCCGUUGCAGACGCUCCACAUGGACGUGUGGGGCCCAGCCCGCGUCCGUGGACAGGGUCACGAGCGCUACUUCCUGCUAGUUGUUGACGACUACUCGCGUUACACCGCAGUCUUCCCCUUGCGCAGCAAGGGUGAUGUCACGGAGCAUCUGCACUCGGACAGAGGCGGAGAGUUUUCCUCUGGCCUUCUGAGAGCCUACUGUCGCGUACGGGGCAUCCGUCAGACCUUCACGCUUCCGGACUCUCCGCAGCAAAAUGGGAUUGCUGAGCGCCGCAUUGGCAUGGUCAUGGACGUCGCUCGUACGUCUGUGAUGCAUGCGGCUGCCCCCCAUUUUCUGUGGCCGUUUGCGGUCAGGUACGCGGCGCAUCAGAUCAACCUUCACCCCAGGGUCUCCAGGCCGGAGACCUCCCCAGCCUUACUGUGGACGGGGAAGGUUGGCGAUGCGUCGGCGUUCCGGGUCUGGGGAUCUCGGGCGUUUGUCCGCAACUUGUCUGCGGACAAGCUGUCCCCUCGUGCUGCUCCUUGCGUCUUCCUGGGGUUCCCCCCUGACGCGCCUGGGUGGCAGUUCUACCACCCCACCUCUCGCCGUGUUCUGUCCUCCCAGGACGUCACGUUUGACGAGUCUGUCCCCUACUACCGCCUCUUCCCCUACCGCACUCCGUCCCUCCCCCCGCCCCCGCUCUUCCUUGUACCAGGUCCCCCCCAGGUAGACCCCCUCCCCCCUCAGGGUCCUGCACCUUCAGGUGUGUCCCAGGUAGACGCAGUCGAGCCUCCUGGGGGUGCCGGGCCUGGGGGUGCUGAGUCUGGAGGUGCUCCGCCUGGAGGUUCUCCGGGUGCUUCGUCUCGCUGGGAGCCACUCUCUCCACAGGAGCUGCGCGAGUGGUUUGCACGGCGCUGGAGCCGUGCUGCUGGUGCUGGAGGUUCUUCGGCUACUGGGGGUGCUGAGCCUAGGGGUGCUGAGCCUGGGGGUGCUGAGCUUGGGGGUGCUACGUCUUGGGGUGUUGAGCCUGGGGGUGCUGAGCUUGGGGGUGCUGAGCCUGGGGGUGCUAAGUCUGGAGGUGUUGCGCCUGGAGGUUCCCCAGGUGCUUCGUCUCGCCGGGAGCCACUCUCUCCACAGGAGCUGCGCGAGUGGUUUGCCCAGCGCUGGAGCCGUGCUGCUGGUGCUGGAGGAGCUGGUGCUGCUGAGGGUGUUGGCGCUCAGACUACCACUGGCGGUCUGUCUGGGGGUGCUCCUGUUGCUGCUAGAGGUUCUAAAGCUCUUGGAGGUGCUGCUGGAGCGGGUUCUCCUGUUGGAGGUACUGGUGCUCUCCCUGCUGUUUCUGGCGUUGCCACGCGGCCUCGACCGUACUUCGUUCCACUCCUGCAGCAGGUUCUUGGUCUUCCACCUUUUACUGGUCCUCCUCCUCCCUUAGAGUGUCCACAGCCUGUCCCGUCACAGUUACAGUUGCAGCCUACCUCCCCUUUGCCUGCUCCUUCUCUCUACACUGGUCCUACUGGGGGUCUUGUUGAGCGUCGUGAGCCUGCGUCUCGCCCUACGUCGCCCAUCCGUGCUGCUCGCGCUAGUGGUCGUGGUUCGCGUUCGCGUCCUCCUCCUGUCCCUGGCACGCACAGGAUGUCUUUGCGUCCGUCCACUGCUCCUCUCCGUGCCCCUUUGCCUUCUCCUCUUGAGUCCUCUCUUCCUGCUCUUGCCGACCAGGAGUCGGACUCUCUUCGUGCUGCGAGUCCUGCUGACACGCGUCUCCUGGCUACUGUCGUCACUGACCCUUCUUUCGAGUCCACUGCUGCGUUUGCCCUAGUUAUUGAGCUCGCCGACUUUGCUGCUCACUGUCGCCUAGACUACGCUGCUAGUCUUGUCGCUGAGUCUGAGUCUGUCUGUCCUCCGUCCGUCGGGGGUGAGUGUGCCCUUGGCACGGACGUCCUUGAGGACAGGCAGGAGGAGUUCCAGUGUCUGGCAGCUGCUUCACCUCAUCUCGUGUUCGUACUGCUUACCCCUAAGGGAGACCCGGAUGCACUUGACAUCCCGACUCCGCGCUCUUACGCGGAGGCGAUAGAGGUCUACGGUCUUCGCCAGGCGCCACGUGAGUGGCACGACACACUGAGGACUACGCUUGCGGCUCUUGGGUUUGCUCCUUCUACUGCCGACCCGUCGCUUUUUCUGCGCACCGACACCUCUCUGCCGCCGUUCUACAUCCUCGUGUACGUCGACGACUUGAUCUUUGCCACAACUUACACUGCUGGACUCGCCUACGUGAAGUCUGAGCUGCAGAAGAGACACACGUGCAUAGACCUGGGUGAACUGCGCAGCUACCUUGGCUUGCAGAUCACCCGGGACAGAGCACGCCGCACCAUUACCCUGACUCAGUCACACAUGGUGCACCAGGUCCUUCAGCGCUUCGGCUUCACGUACUCCUUGCCUCAGGCCACUCCUCUGCCUACUCGCCACUCACUCUCAGCUCUGCCCUCGGAUGAGUUCGUAAAGUCGAGUUGCCCGUAUCCGGAGCUUGUUGGCUGCCUCAUGUACCUGAUGACCUGCACACGACCUGACCUUGCAUACCCUCUUAGCAUUCUUGCACGCUAUGUUGCUCCUGGGAGACACCGACCAGAGCACAUGGCUGCAGCGAAGAGGGUGUUGCGCUACUUGUGCAGUACGUCGGGCAUGGGGCUAGUGCUUGGAGGGCGCAGUCCAGUGGUCCUCACUGGGCAUGCAGACCCUUCUUGGGCUUACGACCAGGCUACGCAGCGGUCGACCCAGGGUUUCACCUUCAGCCUUGGUUCUGGCUCUGUUUCGUGGCGGGCUACUCGCUCGUCUUCUGUUCUCGGCUCCACGUUUGAGGCUGAGAUCUACGCCGGGGCCAUGGCUGCACAGGAGCUUUGCAGGCUCACCUACCUGCUGACCGACCUUGGAGAGCUGCCUCGUUCUCCUCCAGUCCUGUACUUAGACAACAAGGCCAUGCUGGGCUUGUGUCGAGAGCAGAGAGUGGAGCACAGAACAAAGCACAUUGCUCUUCGCUACUUUCUAGCUCGUGAGCUACAGCAGCGUGGUCAUUUGCGCCUUGCGUACGUGGCCUCUGAGGCCAACACUGCUGAUGUUUUCACCAAGGCACUUCCGCCUUGUGAUCAUCAGCGCUUCUGCACUCAGCUGGGUCUUGUCCCUGUCUUGCCUCACUUGCUUACCCCUUGA